UUGCCGGCAAGAUAGCCCACUCGCUGCGCGCACGAGACUGGCCGACGCUGCUUGUCGCCGGCAACAGCAGCAUCCACGCCGCGGUCAAGUGUUGCAUCACCGCGGGGCGGUUCCUGCAGCCGGAGGGCCUGGUCGUCAGCUUCGAGCCGCUCUUCCGCGACGUCGACCACAGCCGCGCCCUGCUCGCGCUCCGCGUCCUGCCCGCCUCGCCCGGCGCGCCGCCGGCCGCGGCGCCCAACGCUGGCCCGCCGUACGGGCCCGCGCUGCCGCCCGGCGCGCCGCCGCCGGUCGAGGUCAAGGCGUCGGCGCACUCGCGCCACGCCAAGGUCGGCGCCGCGCUGACCGCGCGGCUGACGGAGGCGCCCGGCCGCCUCGUCGUCGUGCUGGCGCUCGGCGAGACCGCGGUCGCCAACGGCGUGAUGGCCGCGGCGCACGCGGCGCACUACCUCGCCACGCAGCACGGGCUCAGGCUGGCGGUGCAGGCGUACGCCGCGACGGUGGUCAAAGACGGCGACCACCUGACGGGGGUGCAGCUGUGGGUGACGCUGCAGGCCGGCGGCGCCGCCGGAGGCGGCGCCGCGGGCGCCGAGGCCGCGGCGGCGGCGGCGGCGGCGGCAGCCGCGGCUGCGGCCGUCGAGGGCGUCGGCGGGCUGUCGCUUUGA